AUGUCCGUCACUCUGCACACCACGCUUGGCGACAUCAAGCUCGAAGUCUUUUGCGAAAGCGUUCCCAAGACGGCCGAGAACUUUCUCGCCCUCUGCGCCUCUGGCUACUACGACGCCUCUCCCUUCCACCGCCUCAUCCCCAACUUCAUGGUUCAGACCGGAGCCCCUGCCGUCCCCUCGCCGCCUGAGAAUCCAAAGGGCGGCCGCUCCAUCUGGGGUGACGCCUUCGAUGACGAGAUACGGCCUGCCCUCCGACACGCUGCCCGCGGCGUCGUCUCCAUGGCCAACAAGGGCCCCGGCACCAACGGUUCCCAGUUCUUCAUAACCUUCCACAAGGCCCCCCAUCUCGACGGCAUGAACACCGUCUUCGCCAAGGUCAUCGGCGACGAGGGCCUCGCCACCCUCGCAAAGAUGGAAAAGAUCGACGUCGACAAAAAGCACCGGCCGCGGGAGCCCUUUUCCAUCGAGCGCGUCACCAUUCACGCCAAUCCCCUGGCCGGUUGA